AUGGACAGGGGGAUGAACUUGCCCGGCGGCGCAGGGGACAUUUUCCACAAAACUCUGAGCGCCGUGUCCACUAAAAAAAUGGAUCCUUUCAGGUCGUCGGUCGGCAAUGAACUACCAGCCAGAGACCGCCAGUCACCGAUGAGCUGCUUCGACCAAACCGACCCGGACCCGAUUCAGCCGGGAGGACUCGCGGGAGUUCGAGGGGGACCCCUGGGUCUGCCGACCGGAUCUUUGUGCUUAAAGUACGGCGAGAGCGCCAACAGGACCUCGGCGGCAGAGAGCAGCGGCGGCGAGCAGAGCCAAGACGAUGACAGUGACGAAAGGUGUGAAAUGGUCCUCCUGACCGACGGGCGGAUGGUGUCCGCGGGGAAAGCAGAAGGAGGUAAGAAAUCCAAAGAGCAGAAAACCCUGAGGCUUAACAUCAAUGCCAGAGAGAGACGACGGAUGCACGACCUGAACGACGCGCUAGAUGAGCUCCGGGGGGUCAUCCCCUACGCGCACAGCCCGUCCGUGCGCAAACUCUCCAAAAUUGCCACUUUGCUGCUCGCCAAAAACUACAUCCUCAUGCAGGCGCAAGCGCUGGAGGAGAUGCGGAGGCUGGUUGCGUAUCUCAACCAGGGCCAGGCCAUCUCUGCCGCCUCGAUACCGGCCACCACUGCGCUCGCCAACCCCGGCUUGGGCGCGUACGAGCCGCCGCCCGGAUACCCCUUCCCCGGCGGAGUGGCCGCGGCCGCAUGCCCGGACAAAUGUGCCCUUUUCAACAACGCCAACUCCAGCCUCUGCAAACAGUGCACUGACAAGCCUUAA